GGUUGCGGGGCGGUGGCGAUUUGGUGCCGGAUUGGCGGUAAUCUGGUGCGCAAAGGCGAGAUUUUUUUUCGCCCCUCCGUGGUGGUGCAUCCGGUGAUGGGGAUGUGAUGCUACCCUCCCUCUUCUUCUUCUUUUUUUUUGGUGCCGAUUGGCGCAUUCGAUUCCUCGACAAAGGGUGUGGUGGUGGGGGAAGCUGACCGUCUCUUGACGGCGAUGAGGAUCCAGCUCGGCUGAUUCUCCCUUCCUUUUACCUGGUCGCUGUCGCUGGCCGCGCUCCGUCUUAGUUUCAUUGUUUGUUUGGGGGAUAUCGGUGGAUGGCUAGAUGGAGAGAUUGGUAGAUUUGUACUGAUGUGUGCUAUUUGCAGUAUCUGUUGUUUUUCUGUAUAUUGAUCGAUGAUUGUAAAUCUGACUGUGCAUGUGGAGAUUGGAAGGAGCUCGGAGGGCUGGGACGCUGACCCGAGUUUUAUGGGGAGAGGAUGCCAGAACUGCGAAGCAGUACUCGUCAAGCACGCCUGAGGUCUAAGAAGCUCGACGAACCGCAGCCAGGAGAGCCACCUGUGAAGCCGGCGUCGCCUGCUCCGCCGAGAGCAGGAAAGCGUGCUCCUCCUCGUGCUGCCAGGGGCAGAAAGGUUGCUGCUGGGAGAAGAGCGCCUCCGGCAUCAAAGCCUAGAAGGAAGGGGGUUGAAAUUGUUGACUUAGAAGCUGAUCCAGCUUUCGAAGACUCCCCUAAAGCUGUAGCUGGACUGGAAGUUGCUGGUGCAGCCAAGAACAACCUUGCUUUGAACAAGGUAGCUGGCGUUGGUGUUAAUAAAGGUCUGAAAAUGGAUGGUGAAAGUGCUGAGAAGAUUGUUGGGGUUGAAGAUGAUUCGGCAGCUACACCUGUCCCAGAGAGGGUUCAAGUAGGUAACUCUCCAGAGUACGUAACUGACAGGAAAUUAGGUAAAGGUGGUUUUGGUCAGGUCUAUGUUGGCCGAAGGGUAUCUGGUGGAGCUGCUCGCACUGGUCCUGAUGCCUAUGAGGUUGCAUUGAAAUUUGAGCACCGGAACAGUAAAGGAUGCAAUUAUGGCCCCCCAUAUGAGUGGCAAGUUUAUAACGCUCUCAAUGGUUGCUAUGGCAUACCAUCGGUCCACUACAAGGGUCGUCAGGGCGACUACUAUAUUCUUGUGAGUUCACUAAUUAUUACUCUAGAUUUCUUUGCAGCUCAACAAAUUUUAUUCACCUAUCUUUUUUCUCUCCAGGUAAUGGAUAUGCUUGGUCCCAGCCUUUGGGAUGUGUGGAAUUCAAUGGGGCAGGCGAUGUCUGCGAAUAUGGCUGCUUGCAUCGCUGUAGAGGGUAUAUCAAUUCUUGAGAAGCUCCACUCUAAAGGGUUUGUGCAUGGUGAUGUGAAACCAGAGAAUUUUCUGCUUGGUCAGGCUGGAUCGCCUGACGAUAAGAAGCUUUACCUUAUAGAUCUUGGUUUAGCAUCAAAGUGGAGGGAGACAAAUGGUGGUCAUGUCGAUUAUGAUCAAAGGCCUGAUAUCUUUAGGGGAACUAUUAGAUAUGCGAGUGUUCAUGCCCAUUUGGGGCGCACUGGUAGUAGGAGAGACGAUUUGGAGUCACUGGCGUACACCCUUAUUUUCCUAAUAAGAGGAAGAUUGCCUUGGCAAGGCUAUCAGGGAGAUACCAAGAGUUUUCUUGUUUGCAAGAAGAAAAUGGCUACUUCUCCAGAGAUGCUUUGUUGUUUCUGUCCAGCUCCAUUCAAACAGUUUCUUGAGAUCGUCACAAAUAUGAAAUUUGAUGAAGAGCCAAAUUAUGCCAAGCUUAUUUCACUUUUUGAUGGUUUGAUUGAAUCACCUGCCUCCAGACCAAUCAGAAUUGAUGGAGCUCUCAAGGUUGGUCAGAAACGUGGAAGGUUGCUUGUAAAUCUGGAAGAAGAUGAGCAACCUAAAAAGAAGGUUAGAUUAGGGAGCCCAGCAGCUCAAUGGAUUUCAGUUUAUAAUGCUAGGCGACCCAUGAAGCAGAGGUACCAUUAUAACGUGGCUGACUCAAGGCUAAGUCAACAUAUAGAAAAGGGCAAUGAGGAUGGGCUGUACAUUAGUUGUGUGGCUUCCUCAGCAAACCUUUGGGCUCUCAUUAUGGAUGCAGGAACUGGUUUCUGUUCUCAAGUUUAUGAGCUCUCACCAGUUUUUCUGCACAAGGACUGGAUAAUGGAGCAGUGGGAGAAAAGUUAUUACAUAACAGCAAUUGCUGGAUCAACCAAUGGAAGUUCAUUAGUUGUCAUGUCCAAAGGAACUCCUUACACUCAGCAAUCAUACAAAGUCAGUGAAUCAUUCCCUUACAAGUGGAUCAAUAAAAAGUGGAAAGAAGGUUUUCAUGUAACAUCUAUGGCCACCGCUGGAAAUCGCUGGGGUGUGGUCAUGUCAAGGAACUCAGGGUAUUCUAACCAGGUUGUAGAGUUGGAUUUCCUGUACCCAAGUGAAGGCAUCCAUCGGAGAUGGGAGACUGGUUACAGGAUAACUUCCACAGCAGCCACCAAUGACCAAGCUGCUUUCAUCUUGAGCAUGCCAAAGCGGAAGCCGAUGGAUGAGACGCAGGAAACCCUUAGGACCUCUGCCUUCCCCAGUGGCCAUGUGAAGGAGAAAUGGGCGAAGAAUCUCUACAUAGCUUCGAUCUGCUACGGACGAACUGUGUGCUGACCUGACCGCACAUAUGGAAGUUGAAUUGAGGGUUAUUCGUUGCAGCAUGGUGGCAUGAGCGCUAAGAGAUGUGAGAUGUUCGUGAAACCGAUCCUCAUGAUAGGAUUAGUAGAUCUGAAGAUGCGGUAUGGUAUAUCCUACCGUAAUUGUAAAGAAAUGUUGUACCCAAUGCCGGCCGUGAGACCUUUUCCUCGGAUGAAGCUAAUGCAUUUCGGCAUGAAAAUUCGCUGCUUUUGCCA